AAGCGAAACGGCUGGGGAACUUGUUGGAGAGAAAAAACUUAGAUCCUUUUUUUCACUGACGCUUGUUCUAUUCUACAAAGUAAGAUUAAAAUGCAGCUUUUUGAAAAAAAGAGAUUUGAAAACUUGUCUUACCUAUUUAACGUUUUGUUUGAACAGUAAGAAUAUUGGGAAAAAGUGUAACAUUAUUACAGUAAAACCCCACCAUUGUCUGCGAAUUAAACAACCAUGCCGUCUAACCAAUGGCGAAUCAAUUUAUCGGCGAAUUAUUUACUUAAUAUUUUGUGUUUCAAACUGGUGUUAGAUUAGCUAACUGGAGCACUUCUUUUGGCCCUGUAAAAUACCUGUCAAUUCCUUGUAAAAAUAUCGCACUCUGAAUCCAUGCAAAGAAACACGAGAGGCAAAAAGCUUGAGAUUCUGAAAUCAAAUCUCGGUGCUUAGGCUGACAGAGUUGUCAAGCGCAAGUCAACUUAGUCACCGAGGAAAUUGCAAGCUUUUAAGAUGUUAAUUCAGCGUAUCCGGCAAUAUCGCUUGUUUGAUUUGUAGAAAGCGUGAGAUGAGGGUGUUUUUCAAACAGUUAUUAAUACGCAUCGCAGGUGGAAAUUUACAGGGAUUGUUAAAAAAGCCACUGCGAUGUUAGGACGUGUUUGUUUUUGCGGACUCGAUCCACUCGGUAACAGCAGGUAGUGAUUCUCGAUAACAGUCAAAAAGUUAAUUCGUCCUCACUGGUGUGCUGUUACGUGACGCGUUACAUGAUGUACCUAGUCCACUGGUCCGAGAUUGAAAAAGUUCAGAGAUAUUCCGGGGUUUUCGCAGCAUCGUCCAUUCCUUCUUCAUUGACCUUUGGACCUUACGAAGGACCGUUAAACAUCCUCUUAAAAACCAAUGAACAUAAACACUUGGAUUACAUUCUGGAGGUAACUUACAGAUGUGGACAACUUAUCUGGGUCGUAGACCGCCAUCUUUCAUGGGUCCCUUUUAUGAACUUCGCUCGCUGCCCCGAGGAGCAAAAUGUAGAGGUGUUCUUGAGCGCUGGCUCGUUUUUCUUUCGCACCAUUGACAGAGUGGCCCGGGGCGAGGAGCUGCUAAUAUGGCCGACUGAAGGACUUUGUCGAAGUCUUAGGAUUCCAAAUCUCGUGACCCCGAGAGUAAACGAAGGUGAAUACCAAUAUAUUUGUCACCACUGCUCGCAAGUGUUUGCAUUCCCAAACACACUUAAAACGCACAUCGCAUUUGAGUGCGCCUCAAACCGUGGGAAGAGCUAUAAAGAGAGCCUGCUUCACACUCAGCGAGCACACUCACACACCAGUUACCUUCCAAGUAGAAACAACCCGCCGAACAGGCCGCCGAGAAUGAGCACUUUGUUUCUAACUCCCAACUCGGAUACGGACGGGAUACAGGUAUCAAAGCCGGACAGUGACCCACCGCUCAGCCUUAAACACGACGGAGAAACGAGCAGGAACGCGCACCAUCAUAAUGGCAGCGCGUUUUUAUCCGACGUUUCAGUUCACGACGAUAAACCCAUGGUUAACGGGGGCCAUUCUUCGUCUGGACUUAAUUUAUCCAACAGCAUGGGUUGCUUAAACGGUUUAAAUGGUUUUAAUGGCUUCAACAACCUAUCACUGGCCAUGAAUCAGUUUCCAUUUCUCUCCAACUUCAACGCUGACUCCUUCAUGAUGAAGGAGAGCCCAAAAUCGCUGCAAAGCUCCAUAGGAGAAAGCUCGUCAUCUAAAGCCUCGCCACCCUUCUCGCUGCACUCAAGUUCCGCCGAUCUGCAGGUCGUUAAGUCUCCAGACAAACUCCAGCCCGUUCUCACGCCGCUAACACCAGUGAGUUUACCCUCCUUCACCGCGGAAACGUUCGGAAUGAAGGAAGGCUUGAAAAACACUUCUCUCGUGCCGCAAGUUAACCAGUCACAACCUUUCAGCUCCGCGAGCUUCAACGGCUUUAAGAGCCCGGAGCUUGGAAGCGUGCCAGUUUCUUCGGAAUUUCCUUCAAUCUCGCGACCGCUUUUGAACGAACUAAAUGGACUUAACGGUAUGAGAUACGGCAAUCUAUCUCAGGAUUCCGCCUUCUCGCAAAAUCAAAUGGAUAUGUUGAGUAAUCCAGCGUUUCUCCUCCAGCCGAGACCGCCGCUUUGCAGCCCUUCUUCGAUGCCGUUCUUCAAGUACGGAUUUCCUCAGGGUUUCCCAUCGCUAAAUGGUCAACCAGUGAUGAAUCCGACAGGCCCUAUGAUGUUUGGAGCGGAACAGAAUGUUAACAGACUGCCUUCCUCUUCAACGACACCGAACCAAGAUGGAACGAGUUUGAACGGAGAUCAAAUGACGCCGGACAAACCGAAGACAGGCUGCAACGAGGAAAUGAUAAACGAUCUGAAUUCGAAGAAAGUUAAUAAAGGCUACCUGUGUGAGCUCUGUGGCAAGUUAUACACGCGUAAAUACGGGCUGAAAAUUCACAUGCGUAUUCACACUGGCUACAAGCCCCUAAAGUGCAAAUAUUGUCAAAAGAGGUUCGGAGAUCCGAGCAACAUGGCAAAACACAUCCGCCUUCACGCUGUUGGGGACACUCCCUACAAAUGUCAGUACUGCGGAAAAGUGUUGGUAAGACGAAGGGAUUUGGACCGCCAUAUAAAAUCAAGACACCCGAACGGACGCUAAAUGGUAAAAAUUGUUACUUUUUAAAUCGAAUUUCAUAGCUCUAGAUGUUAGUUUAUCGAGAGAAGAGGAACUUCUGUGAAGAUAUUUAGCUGUGGCAUUGAACGUUCAAUAGCAAUUUCGGUCAUUUUAAUAGGCCUUCAUUUUCAACAUUCGUACGCAGAAGACUGUAAUCGCAACUAUAGUUCAUAUGUUUGUACAAAAUUCUCCGACGUAACCAUUGUAAAGACGAAAAGACAUUUAUAAUAUAAAAAGGAGCAAGAUAUAAGUUUGUACGAUAAAAAGAAAAGCAGAAUAAAAAAAACGUGCUAUUUGAAAUGAAUUUGCUGUCUCUAAUACGCGCAAGACAUAAUUUAUUAAUUUGAUAUUCUUUCUCGUUGUUUUCUUUCAAAACUUAUUCACCAACCUGUGAAGUCAAUUAAGUGAAUAAAUUUCUCUAGCCAUCUUUAGAAAUUGCCUGGAAACCAUUUUAGCUUUGUUUUCUGCUUUGUCUUUGAGUGCAAAGACAAAGAGAGAGGCGAGGUGUUCUGUGAAGUUAGCCGACAUAAAUUCAAUUCUUCAUUACGAAAUCUUCUCCCUUUUAUUGACGCCUUUGAAAGCUUACGCACUGUCUACGGACUCUACGGAACGAUGAAAAGAUUGGGAAAACAGAGAUAUGUUUAAGUAUCACAAACCAACUGGUGGCUGAAUUCUCUUUAUUUUGUCGAGCAAAGAUUUGCGAGGUUAGCGAAACACGGUGAAUGUUUCGAUCGGUAGUCACAAACAACAAGCGUAACUUGCCGCGAUAACAAACGGGGAAACAUAUGGCUUUUGUUUUUCCAAAAUAAAUUUUCGUUUUUGUAAAACUUUAAAUCGCCGUAUGAUCCGUCUAUUUACAUUUUAUCUUUAAUCUAAAUGCCUUUUAAAGUCUUUUAUACUAAGCAGCACGAUAUAAGCGAGUACUUUGUUUAGCGGAAUUUAAUAACAACACGUUUUGCCCAACAAUGAGUGUUAUAACUUCACAAUAGUAAGGAACAACUCUAACAGGUUAUUUUGUCUUGAACGAAAUUCGUUUGAACAACAAGAGUUGUCCAAGCGAUAAGUUUCAUUUCUGUUCCAUGAUUUCAUGCAAAGACGACUCUAACAAAUAAUGUUUAUUUUGCCCAAGAGAAACUGAGGAACUCACUCGCAUGAAUGAUCCUUUGGAUAAUUUCUAUAAAUAAACCUUUACACUCCAUUGACACAGAACAAAACCUACUGAAUUUGGCAAAAAGAAAAAAAAACGAAUUUGCCUCUUUCAAUCUUUUUUUUUCAGCAGGAUUACCUAUGCUCUUAAGUGAAGCUACAAAAAUCUUUUGAUGAGAACAUGAAGUCAUAUCCAGCCAUUUAUUCGACAAACACAGUUGAAAACUGACAACUAAUUCGAUGAGAUGAGGUUCCAAAAUCAGUUGCGAUUUAAGCUUAAGAACCCUUGAAGAAAUCCCGAAUACUAAAAUAAUUAUCAGACUGCAUUUCAAAAAGGGCAAUUCGGGACUUUGGAAAAGAAGUUCUAACAGACAUUUGAGGAACAUUUCAAUGCCAUUUUUCAAUAUGUUCGAGAAUUUUGCUCUCCAUGCAUAUUUGUAGCGGACAAGCAGGAAACCUUUUUUGAAAUCUUCACCACGGUUUUCUUCGUAAAUCAAAAACUGCGUUCAAUUAAUGGAAUAUACCCGCUUCUAGCUUGUUUCAAUUUACUGGUAUUUAACUUAGGUUUGUUCAAAAUCAGACAUUGAGCGACUGAAGUUUGUCGCCAUGAACAUGUGGUCAGGUAAACAUGUGUUCGUACAUCGUAAAACUGAAUUCACGGUCAGAUUCAAACAAAAGACGCAAAUUCGAUUUUUAAAUAAGCUAGAUCGGUUUAGGACGCUUAUCCGACACGGUAAGUAUUUCAGUUUAUUAUUUUAACUGUAGAUCACCGGGGUUUUGGUUUGGAAUCACUGCGUGUUCUGUUUGAUUAGAACGUAAACUUUGAUACCGACGGUAGCUAGAUUGUUUGUGAAGGCCAUUGACUUGACACUCGCUCAAGUUUUGGGUCGGUAAUUUACUUAGUUAAGACUCAGUGAGUUUGUAUUGAGGAACAGGAUAGAGGCAAAGGCCAGAGUUCAAUCUAUGAAAUGUUUCAGCUGGUAGUUGUGAAAAACCACAAACAAAUAAAACUUGCUUCUCAUAUAAUAAAGUUCAUUAAAGAAACAACAGGACCGGCGUAACUGUACUUCAUUGAUUUGAACUUAAAUAGAGGCGACUGUUUGCAUCGAGUGAUCUUUCUGCAGUUUGUGCAGAUUCUUUCUCCGCUUUCCACUUUGCCGAUUUCCUUUGUUUUUGCGUUUACAUUUCUUGGUCAAGUAGCAAGCUUGACAAAGCGUGGCGAGUGUGAAAUAAUCACUAACCUCCCAGCUUCAGGGAGAAAUCCACAGGCUCGCUUCAUUGGGUUUGAUUAUGCAUGUUCAUUAAGGUAGUAGUAAUUUGAGGACAAAAUCUAUCAGAGAUUCUAACAUGUCUGCGAUGUUAAAGAGAACACAGUGUGUUUUUUAAUCGAUCAACUGACGAAGUGAAAAUAUAUAUGCGUCCCACGUACUAGUUUCUGCCUAAAGAAAUAGUUUUACUUUCUGAAAAAAAAAUCACUGCAGAUUUUUCUUCAGAACUGUAUGAUCUUGUCUUUCAACUGCCACGAGAGACGCUAGGCACCGAAUGGACUGACUCCUCCGGAAAACUGGGAGAAAUUUGAGAUUGGGAUGACCUAACAAGUAAGCAGAAAUUUAACAAUAAUAUAUACUUUUUAAGUUCUUCUUGAGGUCUUAAAGUUGUUAUCGCCAGUUCUGUCAUUGUGUGGCAAUGAUAAAAUACAGACAUGAUUCCCGACCAACAUCAUCAGUUGAAAAGUACAAAAGCAAUAUAAGUGAUUGCUAUCAACAUGAUCAAUUUUCUCAGUGGUAUGUGUGAUCACCAAAAACAAGGCCAUAGCCAGAAAAAACUUCUGACGGGUAAUGACCAUGAAAAAUUUCUGACUAAAACAACGUCCAUAGUUAAAUUUUCUUGCAAAGUAAUUAAGGAGAUUAUGAUAACUAUAAACAACAACAACGAAAAAAAUGACUGAGGCAAGUGCCUCGGCCUUGAAAAAAAGAAAAAAAACAUUCAAAAGACAAUUCGAGACUCUCAUCAAAACACCACCAACAGUUUCUGCAAUACUAGUAAUACUUGAGCAAAAAUAUCUUGAAGUAUACUGAGAAAAUGGUUCACGAGAAAACAAAGAAACAAAAAGUAUUUCACUUCUGGGAUGCCGGCGUUAUAUCACAAGAGAAUGCGUGAAUACCCUUUUAUUUCAUGCCUUUGAAAUUGACACAAAUAGUGCCCACUGUACGUUGUGACGGGAAAAUAUUGCUGCAUACAGACCGUGAAAUACACAGUCGAAAUAACGCCAAAUAUGAAAUGGUUUUCUAGUCUUCUAAAUAGUUCUGUACCCCAUGCAAUAAGACUGAUAUCCGUGUGGAAUAACUGAGCGUAAAGCUUACACUUUGGUAGCCAGGAAAAUAUGGACGAUUGGUGAUCUUAGUUAAGGAACAUUUGCCUGUGUGUUAAUCAUGUGAUGUGAUGCUUUGACAUGCAACCAAUUAAAGGUUCUAAACUUAAAAUACAAUAAAUCGUUCUUCACUUGAUACGGUUUGCUGGUACUCGCCAAGAACGUCUGGUUUACAAACUUUCAAAGAUCACUGAAGUUAGCAGUUUAUUCACUCAGACAACUGAAGUGACCGGUACUCUUUGUGUCUGCAUCCACCUCGAAAGUCUGUCUGGUCAACCUACCUGGUCAAGUAAUAUUUGCUAUCGCGGGUAGAAACCGACCAGCGUACAGCAAUUGUUUUGAAAGACAGGUAAACACCAGAAAGAUGAUAUGAUUAGUUAAGACAUAACGGGAAAAUAACGGUUAGGCUAAAACGCAUAAUAAUGGUUGCAGAGUAAAACCUCAUUCACGUUGGAUGGCAGAUAAAUUACCUGCUGCAUUUGACGGUUGAAAGAGCGCUAAAAUGUUAAUGUAAGCGCUAUGGCAUGGCAAACUUUAACUACAGUAGCCCCAAGGUGGGAUAAAAUCUCACAUCCAAACACUUAAGUAAAAUAGAUUCACGAGUACUACAAAUACAUAUAAAGAGUGAUUUCAGUUUCAAUUUAAUUAUUACUCCGAUUUUUCGCAUGUAAGGUUAUUACGGGUUCAUGAUUCACCUGAAAGCUUUUUUCAUCAGCCUCAGUGGAAAAGUGCGCUAAAAAAAUGAAGAAAUUACAACUGUUCAGGAAUCACAGCAAUAACAGUGUGGUUUUAUUGAUACCAAACCAACACAGGUACGUCAGAUUUAAUAUAAGGGCAAACAGCA